AUGGCUCCUGCACCAAUUUCCACCAUCAACGUAGGACACAUUGAUGAUGUGCAAGAAUUAAGAAGAACAAAACCAAAGACAGUUCCUCAAAGAUUUGUAAGAGAUAUGACAGAAAGACCAACACUUCAAACAUCUCUUGAACCACAAAAUAGUGACAUGCCUGUCAUUGAUUUCUCUAAGCUUAGUAAAGGGAGCAAAGAGGAUUUGCUCAAUGAACUUUGCAAGCUUUCAGUCGCUUGUCAAGAGUGGGGAUUUUUUCAGGUGAUUAAUCAUGAGGUUGACAUCAAUCUAAUGAAAAACAUAGAGGAUAUGAGUAAGGAAUUUUUCAUGCUACCUUUGGAAGAGAAACAGAAGUAUCCUAUGGCACCAGGAACAGUCCAAGGAUAUGGACAAGCUUUUGUUUUCUCAGAGGAUCAGAAACUUGAUUGGUGCAACAUGUUUGCUUUAGGAAUUGCACCUCUCUAUGUUAGGGACCCAAAUCUCUGGCCAAAGAAACCAGCAAAACUCAGUGAAACAAUAGAAUUGUACUCAAGAAAAACCAAGAAACUUUGCCAAAAUUUGCUGAAAUACAUAGCAUUAGGCCUGAGUUUGGAAGAAGAUGUUUUUGAGGAGAUGUUUGGUGAAGCAGUACAAGCCAUACGGAUGAAUUACUACCCAACAUGUUCAAGGCCUGACCUUGUUUUGGGCCUGAGUCCUCAUUCAGAUGGAAGUGCUCUUACUGUGCUGCAGCAAGCAAAGGGAAGCCCAGUGGGCCUUCAAAUACUUAAAGACAACAGAUGGGUCCCUGUUCAACCAAUUCCAAAUGCUCUUGUCAUCAACAUUGGUGACACAAUAGAAGUUCUUACAAAUGGAAAAUACAAAAGUGUGGAGCAUAGGGCUGUGGCUCAUGAGGAAAAAGACAGGCUUUCAAUUGUGACAUUUUAUGCUCCUAGCUAUGAGGUAGAGCUUGGACCAAUGCAAGAAUUUGUGGAUGAAAAUCACCCAUGCAAGUAUAGGAGAUACAAUCAUGGAGAGUAUAGUAAACAUUAUGUGACAAAUAAAUUACAAGGAAAGAGGACUUUGGACUUUGCAAAAGUGGGAAAAGAUGAAUAA